AUGCUGAAAAAUGUUGAUUUUGGUGUUGGCAGGAGAUUUCUGGGUUUCCUGCCGAAAAUAAUAAGCUCGUUCGGUUCAUAUACGCAAUCCGUUUCCAAAAAGGGUACCGGCGUGGAAUCUCAUGAAUUUAUGGAGAAGAAGCAACACAUAGCGAUAUUUACCACGGCAAGCCUUCCAUGGCUGACUGGGACUGCUGUCAACCCUCUGUUCCGGGCAGCUUACCUGGCAAAAGACGACGAAUGGAAAGUAACCUUGGUGAUCCCCUGGUUGAAACUGAAGGAUCAAGAGCACGUCUACCCAAACAAUAUAACCUUUAGCUCGCCGGCCGAACAGGAAAAGUAUGUCCGCAGGUGGCUCGAGGAAAGGACCGAUCUGAGAUCGAGUUUCGCUAUACGUUUCUAUCCUGGGAGAUUUUCUUUACACAAAAGGAGCAUUCUAGCACUAGGCGACAUAACGGACAUAAUUCCCGAUGACGAGGCAGAUGUUGCUGUGCUGGAAGAGCCGGAGCAUCUUACAUGGUAUCAUCAUGGGAAGAGGUGGAAAAUUAAAUUUCAACUGGUCGUAGGUGUUGUCCACACAAAUUAUCUAGAGUAUGUGAGGAGAGAGAAAAACGGGCAGAUCCAAGCGUUUUUCCUGAAGUUCGUCAACAGUUGGGUUGUCAAUAUAUAUUGUCACAGGGUAAUAAGAUUAUCGGCCGCAACUCAAGAGCUCCCUAGAUCCGUUAUCUGCAAUGUCCAUGGAGUAAAUCCGAGAUUUCUCGAUAUAGGCUUGAAAAAAAGAGAGCAGCAGCAAAACGGAGACCAGGCAUUUACAAAAGGUGCAUACUAUAUUGGGAAGAUGGUAUGGAGCAAAGGAUACAAGGAACUGCUUAAACUACUGCGUGAUAACCAGAAGGAAUUAACCCGACUUGAAGUUGACUUAUAUGGCAGUGGUGAGGACUCUGACCAAGUUGAGGCAGCUGCAAAGAAGCUGGAGAUAACGGUCAAUGUCCACCCGGGACGUGAUCAUGCUGAUCCUUUGUUUCACGAGUAUAAGGUGUUCUUGAACCCGAGCACAACGGACGUGGUUUGCACAACCACAGCCGAGGCACUGGCCAUGGGCAAAAUCGUCAUUUGUGCAAACCACCCCUCGAACGAGUUCUUCAAGCAGUUCCCCAACUGCCGGACGUACGACGACCCAGGAGGCUUUGUCAGGGAAAUUCGCAAGGCACUAGAAGACGAGCCGGACCCACUCACGGACGAGCAGAGGCACGAGCUUUCGUGGGAGGCGGCUACGGAGAGGUUUUUAAAACACGCGCAGCUGAGCAAGAACGGAGGAGCCGAGGUGAGGAAAAUGACGAAAAUGCCCUCCAAGAUAUUCAUGUCGACUUCUCUUAGUUUGAAGAGGAACCUCGAGGAUGUGUCUGCAUUGGUGCACUUUGUGGGGACUGCGUUCCUGACGAAGAUGCCGGACGACGAGCAGCGUGAGGAGGUGGGCCUGCCGGCUGAGCCGUCGAAAGGACAGUCUUACCCUUCUAGGAAAUGGGCCUUCUGAGGAUUUUAUGUAGUUAUUUUUUAUUUUUAUUUCUUUGAAAAUGUUGAUUGGGUUGUUGGAGGAUUGUUUGAUAAGACUGGUUUUUCAUGAUUGUGAAUUUCCUUUUUUUUUUCCUUUUUUUUUUCUUUUCUUUUGGGUUUGCUGAAUAU